AUGGCAAGCCAAGUCGUAGAGCCCCAGGCUGUCCAGGGCGCUGCCAGUCAUCAGGAGAAAGAGAACAAGUUCCAGCAAGCAAUUGCUUCAUGGCGGAACGUUGAUCUCACCUCUCUCAUCUCUACGCUCGACACAGCCGCCUCGGACCUCGUCACCCACCAACGCGACACGCUGGUACAACGCAAGGAGCUCGCCCAAAAGACCAAGGACUUUCGCAAACUCGAAGAUGCCGCCAAGUUGGAUGAGAUCAAGGCUCUGCUCAAGUCCUACCAGUCCUUUAUCGACCUCAUCUCCAACCAGUCCAAGUCGACCCAGUCAGCUUUUCUCCAACUCUACUCGCCCCUGUCUGAAGCUCCCGAUCCAUACCCGCUGCUCGAAGCCUCGAUAGAUUCCUUCGUCACCGCCCAAGAAGUCGUCCCCAAGCUGGAAUCCGAGAACAAGCACCUGCAAUCCACCGUCGCCAACUUGACCGCACAACUCGAAGCGACUGAAUCUCAACUCGAACAAGAGCGCUCCGCCAGACAAUCCUCACAGUCAAAUCAAGACUCCAAGAUCAAGGAAGUCGAGGCAUCUUGGAACGCUGUUCUAAAAGAGAAGCAAGACAACUGGGAUGCGCGAGAAAAGAGCUUGGAGGAAAAGGUCGACAACCAAGACCGUCUGUUGAAAGAGCUCAAGGCCAGCUACGAUGUCGCUCAACGUCUAGGAAAGACCGAGGACGACACGUCCGACUCUGUCCACGGCGCAUCACAGCAGGAGCUUGAUCUCGUCAACCAAGAACUCGAAAAGGCAAACCUGCGUCUGUCUGAGCUGCAAGGCCGCAACGAGCAAUUGCGCCUCGAGCUCGCCCAGUCGACCGCGAACCAGAGCUCAUCUCAAACCGCCCUCUCUGUCGAAGAUGACCCUGCCUUCCUACGUCUACGCUCCGAAAACUCGCAGCUACUGCGAAAGCUCGAUGCACAGCGCUACGAGAAGAAUUCAGAAAAGACAAAGUGGGAUUCCAACCUCAGAUCACUCGAAAGAGAGCUGGAAUCUCUCAAGCAGGAUCGUGAAAGCAUCAAGCGCAAGCUGGACAAGUGCAGCGAUUAUGACGAGGUCAAGCAAGAGUUGGACAUGCUCAAGUCGAUCGAGUUCGCGACAGGCGACGCAGACGAUUCCGACCAUGAGCCAGACGCCGCUCCUGCUGGUGACAAGGGCGAGUCACUGGAGAAGCUUCUUCUUGCUCGCAACAAGAAGCUGUCCAAUGAGCUCACCAUCCUCCGCGUUUCGCACAACGACCUCCAAUCUCGUCUCGAGUCGUUGCAAGAAGAGUUAUCCAAUACGAAUAUGGAGCUGGAGAAGUCGCGCAACCUGACGCAGACGCUCGAGGAAGACUUGCUGCAGGCUCAGAAUGAGGCCAGCAACGCUUUCGACCCCUCGGCCAUGUCUGUAGCAGGUACAUACACCUCUCGCUACCCAAAGUCCUCCUACGCUGCAUCAAUCCGUCGUGGAGGAAACACAUCACCCACCUCUUCCAUCAUCUCUGGCUUUGAUACCAGCACCUCAUCACCUCGAGGAUUGGACUCGUUGCGACCGGAGGCUCCCAACGCUGGCAUCCUGCCAAUGGUCACUGCUCAACGUGACCGCUUCAAGGCUAAAGCCCGUGAGCUAGAGACGAACCUGCAGGAACAGUACACACUCGUCUCGUCUCUGCGCUCCGAAAUUGCUAGCCUGCAAAAAGACAAUCUAUCCUUGUAUGAGAAGAGUAGAUAUGUCAACAGUUACAACACAAAGGGUGGUGCAACGUCUGGUUACUCGUCCACCAACCCAUCCACCAUCACAAUCGAUCGCAGUAACCCUGGUACCGAUGCACGUUACAAAUCGGCCUACGAAAACUCAAUCUCUCCAUUCGCUGCUUUUCGAAGCAAAGAAUCCAGUCGCGCCUUCCAAAGACUCUCAUUGCCUGAACGAGCUGUCUUGCAAGCAUCUAGACUUGUAUUAGCAACGAGGACCAGCAGGAACAUGUUUGCUGUCUGGGUUGUUGGACUUCAUCUUUUGGUCUUUGUCAUGUUAUUUUCCAUGGGCGGAAGCAGCGACACGACGCCACAUCUAGCCCACACUGUUGCUGCUGGCAACGCUGCCAUAGCUGGUGCCAAGGUAGCCGCGGCUGCACAAGGAGGUCCAGGUGCUGCCAAAUGGGAACAAGCUGGCUUUGGAGAUACGUAA